AUGUCUUACAACCCUUCUCUGAUCAGCCCAAAUCCUAGUGAGGAUCCCAAGGGUGGCAGUUUCUUGGAGGAAAGCAGUGGUAGGGGUGAUGACAGGAAUGUCCUGGGAGGGGACAGCCUGGUCACAAGGCUGCUGGGCGCGAUGCUGCUGGUCAUGUGCCUCACUGGGGUGGUGGGGAACAUCUACACAGUGGCAGUGGCCUCUGGCAGGGUGGCAGGCUGCUCAGCAGACUCCUUGGGAGUCUACAUGAUCAACCUGGCCCUGGCUGACCUCCUGUACCUCUCCACCAUCCCCUUUGUGGUUUGCACCUACUUUGCCCACGACUGGUUCUUCGGGGAUGUGGGUUGCAGCCUGGACCUCCUUACCAUGCAUGCGAGCAUCUUCCUCCUGGCUGCCAUGAGCCUGGAGAGGUGCUGGGCAGUGGCCAAGCCUCUGCGGGCCAGGCGGGCCAGCAACACCUACCGGAAACUGGCCAGCGCCUUCCUCUGGCUCCUCUCGCUCCUGCUCACGGCCCCCAUGAUGGUGAUGACUCGGCUGCGGGAGGAGGACAGCCCCCACAAGCGCAUCUGCAUCCCCACCUGGACACCGUCAGCUUUCCGGCUCUACCUGACAGUGCUGUUCACCGCCAGCCUCCUGGCACGCGCGGUGCUGGGCACCGUCUGUGCCCGCCUGGCCCGGGCGCACCGGUGCUCGGCCUGCGGCCUGGGGCAGCGGGCCGGCCGGGCCCCUGCGCGGCGGCUCCUCCUCAGGAUCUCUGCCGUCAUGGUGGCCUACUGGGCCUGCUUCCUCCCCUUGUGGGCCUGGCAGCUGGCCGGGCUGUACCAGGGAGAGGGGCUGGGCGCCGGCCCCACUGCCCAGGCCUACCUUAACUUUGGUGUCACCUGCCUGGCCUAUGGCAACAGCUGUGUCAGCCCUUUCCUCUACACCCUGUUUGCCAGCGGCUGCCGCUGGUCCCGUGGCCGCACUGGGACGGGCGUGGUGCCUGCAGCACCCUCUCAGCAGGCUGUGGGAAGCCACAGCGUCCCCCUGGCUUUCAGGUGAUUGUCGGGGUCUGUGAGGGAAAGCGAGGGGUGA